CCACUCCUUCGUUCUUCAAUACCUUUAGCAUUGUGCUCUCUCUCUCGCUCUCUCUCUCUCUCUCUCUCUCUCUCUCUCUCUCUUUCUCUUCCCAGAGUUCUCUUCUUGCAAGAAAGAAACUCUCUCUUUCUCUCUAGUUCAUCGAUUUGGUAUUGGCAUUCUAAUCUGGUUUCCUGAAAUGGAAUUCGACGAUCGACUCAUGCAGGCUCAGAGGACAAAAUUCGACUGCCUUUUGUUCGAUCUUGAUGAUACACUGUAUCCCUAUAGCAGUGGCAUUGCUACAGCAUGCAGAAUCAAUAUAGAAGAUUAUAUGGUUGAAAAGCUUGGCAUUGACAGGAGCAUAAUCCCUGAGUUGGGUAACCUACUGUACAAGAAUUAUGGAACAACAAUGGCUGGUCUCAGGGCAAUUGGCUAUGACUUUGACUACGAUGAAUAUCACAGUUUUGUCCAUGGAAGAUUACCUUAUGAGAACAUAAAACCGGACCCGGUUUUGAGGAGCCUCUUGCUGAACCUGCCUUACAGGAAAAUUAUUUUCACAAAUGCAGACAAGAUCCACGCUGCUAAAGCACUAAGCAGGCUUGGAUUGGAAGACAUUUUUGAAGGGAUUAUCUGCUUUGAGACCCUCAAUCCGAUUCACAAAAACACGGUCUCUGACGACGAAGACGACAUAGAAUUCGUGGGAUUAAGCAGCACUACCACCACUACUAGCAGCUCCCAGAUUUUUGACAUCAUUGGCCAUUUUGCUACAGCAAACCCCACUUCCAAACUACCCAAAACUCCAAUUGUCUGCAAACCAUCCGAAGAUGCCAUCGAACGGGCUCUCAAGAUAGCCAACAUUAACCCUCAGAGAACAUUGUUCUUUGAAGAUAGCGUCCGCAACAUACAAGCUGGCAAAAGAGUGGGACUUCAAACUGUAUUGGUUGGCACAUCUCAGAGAGUAAAAGGUGCAGAUUAUGCUUUGGAAAGCAUUCACAACCUUAGGGAAGCAAUACCAGAGCUUUGGGAGGCUGAUAGGAAAUCUAAAGUUGGUUACUCUGGGAAGGUUGCAGUGGAGACAUCAGUCACAGCUUAGAUUUGUGCCCUGCAUGCACUAAGUUUUUAUGAGGAAAUAUUCAUGUUUUUGGGAUUUUACCGUCCCAUUUUUCCUUAUCAUAAAAAAUAAAUAAUUAAAAACUUUAAAAAAAUUUAAAAAAAAGUCUCAUUUUCCUUGUCUCAUUGUGAUCCGAUGCUAAUUAUAAUAAAAUAUAUAUUGUAUGCU